GGGGGCGUUUCUAGUUAAGCUCUUUGACCUGAGGAGAGUAGGUGCUGCUGGUGGGUGGGUAAGUAGAUAUAGAUGGCAGCAGCACUGGUUGCUUUGUAUGUGCAGCAGUGCAGUGCAGGGCUUCUUGGAGCAUAGUGUGGCCUCCUCCUUUCUGAAGGCACCAUUCUGCUCACUUGCAUCAUUGGGUGCUCCCUCUCUACUCUCUCUCUCUCUCUCUCUCUACCCUUCUGCUUGAGCCUUCAAUUCUGAGCACUCCACCAGCUAAUUAACCGUUUCUUGGUUGGUUUCAAGAGCAGAGCAUGAGAGAGACGGAGGCACUGGAGAAGAAAGGGCACAAAUCCUUUGCCAAACCGGUGAAGCCCUCCUCCAAUACUCCAGCAAGGCACAAGCGUUCCAAGAGUGAUUUGGAGGAGAAAAAGGCUAAAGAUGCACUGUCUUCUUCGCAGAAAGCAUCUAAUCAACCCAAGCUGAAUGGUAGAAGCUCAAACUCCCAUCUUCAGGAUGAAACCAAGAAGGGAGUACAGCCUAGGAGUGAGACACAUAACUCCCUGAGAAAAGAGAUUCUGCAGCUGGAGAGACACCUUGAUGAUCAGCAGAUGGUCCGCGGCGCGCUGGAGAAAGCGUUGGGCCCUGAUCCUGCUCCAGUCACCAUCCCCAAUGAGACCCCAAUGCUCAAGCCCACUAAUCAGCUGAUAAGGGAGGUUGCCACCUUGGAGCUGGAGAUCAAGCACCUGGAGCAGUACCUCCUGACACUGUACAGGAAAGCAUUUGAGCAAGCACCCACAUUGCCAUCCUCAUUUGUCCACCAGGAGGCGGCAGCGCUGCCAAAGCCGUCGGUGAGCUCACGGUCUGCAUUGAUCGAAGAAACUCCGACAGCGAAGGCCCCUACCCGAAGAGGGGGUGGUGAUGUGAUGCUUCAUUACAGUUGCCCUCCCCUUAGCAAGAGAAGGAAUGGCACAUUGGAUGAUUGCUCUCCAUCCACAUGUCCGAGGAAGACUACUGACUCUGAUCAUGGCCUGCGCAGCCAGUCGGCGCUGUCGUUCCGCGGCGUGUGUUCGUCGAGGAUAUCACCGUCGGAAGAGAGCCUCGCGAGGGCUCUUCGCUCAUGCCACUCACAGCCUUUCUCAUUCUUGGAGGAAGGAGAGGCUGCUGCUACAUCAGGAGUGGUAAGCCUAGCUGAUUAUCUGGGCACUAAUGUAGCUGACCACAUCCCUGAAACUCCAAACAACCUUUCAGAGGAGAUGGUCAGGUGCAUGGCAGGGGUGUACUGCAAGCUUGCAGAUCCACCUCUAGUUCACCACCGCACAUCGUCGUCGCCGACAUCGUCGCUCUCCUCGGCCAGUGUGGUCUCUCCUCACUAUCCUGGGGACAUGUGGAGCCCCAAUUGCCGGAGAGAAGCCACUCUAGACUCCCGGCUGAUCAACCCGUUCCGCAUCGAGGGGCUCAAGGAGUUCAGUGGACCAUACAACACCAUGGUCGAGGUCCCGUCGAUUUCCCACGACCGCCAAAGGCUAAGAGAAGUUGAAGAUUUGCUCCAAACUUUCAAGCUAAUUCUUCAUCGUUUGGAGAGCGUCGAUCUCCGGAGGAUGGCGAAUGAAGAGCGGCUUGCCUUCUGGAUCAAUAUACACAAUUCAUUGCUGAUGCAUGCUUACCUCAAGCAUGGCAUCCCACAGAACCAUCUGAAGAAGACAUCGCUUCUUGUCAAGGCAGAAUGCAAGAUCGCGGGGGGCGCCAUCAACGCAUCAGCCAUCCAGGGUCUUGUUCUUGGGUGCAGCACCCACUGUCCUGGACAGUGGCUGAGGACAUUGCUGCACCCGAGGAUGAAAAGCAGAGGGAGCAAAGCAGGAGGAGGCCAGUGGCAAGCCUUCGCCAUCCAUCGACCGGAGCCUCUUCUCCGAUUCGCGCUCUGUUCCGGAAGCCAUUCCGAUCCCGCGGUCCGGGUGUACACGGCGAAGCGGCUGUUCCAGCAGCUGGAGGCGGCGAAAGAGGAGUACAUCCGCGCCACCGUGGGAGUCCAUCAGCGGCAUGGGGGCAGGGUGGUGCUGCCGAAGCUGGUGGAGGCGUACGCGAGGGAGGCGGGGCUGUCGCCGGAGCGGCUGCUGGACGCGGCGGAGCGCUGCCUGCCGGAGUCCGUCCGCGCGGCCGUGCAGCGCUGCCGGAACCAGCAGCAGGGGACGGCGGCGGUGGAGUGGGCCCCGCACCGGCAGGGGUUCCGGUACCUGCUCGCCAGAGACCUCGCCUUCCCGCACCUCACCUGAGCUGAGCUUCGAUUCCAUGGCUGCCAUUGACAAGUGACACAUUUGGGUUUUACUAGGAUUAUACUCAUCGAUUAAUCUUAGGCGAGGGCAGUUUUUAAAAAAAAUUCUCGUGUGUGUUUAUAAAGGAAACGUGAUCUGUGAUGUCUCGGAGCUCUCUGUAAACAGAUUUUUUUUGCUUCUUUGUAGAUAAAGAGGAAAAAGGAAAAUAUUUCAUGCGGGAGAUUCAUGUCACAACGGUGUGGGGUUUGCGUAUUCCGGUGCUUUUACGCCUCCCGUA